UACACCUGAAAGCUAUUUAUGAACAGGGGGUGUACACGUGCUUUCGAGAUGGAUGAGAAUUCAAUAUAAGAAGCUGCAGAGAUCGACAACUUGAAUUAUUUUAAUGUCCUUCUCAACGCUGACAGCAUGUCAGCGCGCAAUUGCGCAGCCAGGAAAGCCUGAGCGGAGACCUACUGGGCUGCUUGAAAACUACCGCAGCGCGUCACCAGAAGAAACCUCCUGUUGUCACUACAUUCCCAUGAAACGGAAUCCCAAAUGUACGCAUGCUUAUCUGGGGAAGGUUCUCUCUAUGAUUUCGCUUUGACCUAAUCGAGGACGCCGUUUGGAGCUAGGUUCACGGAAAACAUUUGAUUCUCGGAGAAAGUGUGCGUUGCAGUAUAUGGGAAUGUACUGGCUGCAACUCACGAUGACAGUUUGCAUCAGGACUGCGGAUGCACUCGUCAAAAGUGUGGAUAUUUAAGAGGGGGCACCAUGGACGCAGCAGACGUAGCCGCUUCCGUAUUGGUUUUGGGAAUUAUAAUCGUGUCGCUGCUGUCCAACGUUGUGGUGCUGAUCUGCUUUCUGUACAACCCGGAGAUCCGCAAACAGGUACCCGGUCUUUUCAUCCUCAACUUGACAUUUUGCAACUUGUUGCUAAGCGUGUCCAACAUGCCUCUAACUCUUGUCGGGCUCAUCACCACGGGCCACCCUGGAGGCAGCGUCUUUUGUCAGAUAGUGGGAUUCCUCGACACUUUUCUCACCACAAACUCAAUGCUCAGCAUGGCAGCUCUCAGCAUCGAUAGGUGGGUGGCGGUGGUGUUCCCGCUGAGCUACCACUCCAGGAUCCGGCACCGGGAUGCAGUGAUCGCGCUCGGAUACACGUGGCUGCACUCUCUUUGCUUCUCAGUGGUGGCCACCUGCCGCUCCUGGGUCGGGUACCACCACCUUUACGCAUCGUGCACCCUCUGCAAUGUGAGGGCGAAGGGAGCAGGGAUGCAGUUUAUCCUUUUCACCGUGGCUCUGCACUCUCUCACUUUCCUCCUCACGCUCAUCGUGUUGUGUGUAACCUAUCUAAAAGUGUUGAAAGUUGCGAGGUUUCACUGUAAACGCAUCGACGUGAUCACGAUGCAGACGUUGGUGCUGCUUGUGGAUAUUCACCCCAGUGUGCGGCAGAAAUGCUUGGAUGAACAGAAGCGGAGGAGGCUGAGGGCCACCAAGAAGAUCAGCACGUUCAUCGGCACAUUUGUGGUGUGCUUCAGCCCUUAUGUCAUUACAAGAAUCGUCGAGCUCUUUGCUCCAGGGCCCAUAAGCCCUCACUGGUGCGUGCUGUCCAAAUGCUUGGCCUACAGCAAGGCAGCAAGCGACCCAUUUGUCUACUCGCUGCUCCGUCACCAGUACAGGAAGACGUGCAGCCUGCUGGCUAACAAAGUCCUCAAGAGGAGUCAGCUCAACUCAUCCUCCCUCAGGAUUGAGAGCAACGCAGGGAGGAGCAGCAACAACGCAAACACAACCAACAACAUCCAACCGCCCACCAACAAGCCAGCCGGACAGUGAAGGAUGCUUUAAGAGACAAACAGGGUAAUUUCUCUGCUGAAAGUUCUGAUUUUACAUCUGACACUCAUGAGAAAAGGGGUGUGCUAUACGUAAACUCUGUUUGAUGGCGUAACAUCAGGGUGAACAAGCCUAAUUGUUGAAGGACAAGACUGGCAAUAUCCUGUAUUUUUUUACUGUAAAAAAAAAAAAAUCCAUGAAAGACCAAAACCAAAAUCCUAAUAUAUUCCCUUCCUGCCCGUGGUACUCAUGCCCAAGAUUAGCUGAUCCUACUGUGGGGACAUA